AUGACUCCGCCAGGAGCAUUUGAGAAACCUAUCCUUGACAUUUAUCAUCCGAACGACGAAUUCAACAUGAAAGCAAGGGCGAAAUUGAAGUCUUGGAAGGACAGUGUCCAAAUCACGGAGUGGAAUGAGCUUCUCACGCGCAGCGAUGUCGUGAAGUUCGUUGUUGUGAGACAUCCACUGACGAGAUUUGUCUCUGUGUGGGACGAUCAUUAUUGUCGUAGCUGCGAGCCGCCGAAAGAUCCAAUGCUAGAAAGAAAUCUGAAUAAAGAUGCUCAAGAUGAAUACCAAAUCUCACUCAACUCACUUGCGCAAGCUGUGGUCGACCAAGCGACUUCGACGGAUAUGUUUGAGGCUCAACUAAAUGCAUGUCGAAUAUGUGAUAUCGAGUACGAUUACAUCAUCAAACUUGAAACCAUCGAUCAAGAUUUACCAUAUCUUAUGGCAAAAAUGGGACGUCUUGACAAUUCAAAAGAGCUGGUUUCUCCAGAAACUGUGCAUCGUAACAAAAAUUCGAAACUGUACGGCUACUUUUUCGAAACCCUUGACCCGUCAGAACUCAAAAACCUCGUGCAGCAUUACUCUUCCGACUUUACCCUUCUUGGCUACACAUUUAAUCUAGCCAAGAACCUUAUUGGUGGUUGGGACUGA